CAGGAGUUUGUGACAUUCGAGGAUGUGGCUGUGCACCUUACUCGAGAGGAAUGGGGAUGCCUGGACCCUGUUCAGAGGGAUCUCUACAGAGAAGUGAUGUUAGAGAAUUAUGGGAACGUGGUCUCGCUGGGCUCUCACAUGGAAUCCCAAGAGGGCAGCUGUUGAUUUGUCAUAUUUUCAAGGUCCAAAUGCCCUUUUUAAAACAUUUGUUAUCUGUUAUAUGUUGAAACUUGGGCACAAAAUUGGCACUCAGUGAGUAGCUUUUAAGUAAAUGAAUCAAAAGAAGUGCAAGAUACAAGAUAAAUGGUCCCUGCUAUCAAAGAGUUUACAAUCAGGAUUUCCAAUUUCCAAGCCUGAUGGGAUCUCCCAGCUGGAACAAGAUCUACAGGUCUUUGAUCUGGAAACUAAGAAUAGAGAAGUCUUAAGAGAUGACUGCUCAGAUGGAGAAACCAGAGAAGAGAACAAGCUGUUGAUUCCUAAGCAGAAAAUUUCAGAAGAAGUGCAUUCAUACAAAGUGAGAGUAGGAAGACUGAAAAAGGAUAUUGCCCAAGUUCCUGAAACUAGAGAAGUGUAUAAACCUGAGGACAGAUUAGAAAGGCUUCAGGAAAUCCUAAGGAAAUUUCUGUUCCUGGAGAGAGAGUUUAGGCAAAUAACAAUCAGCAAGAAAACCUUCACCAGUCAGAACAAUGAAUGUAAUGAACCUGAAAGAAGAUUCAGUCUGGAAACUACCCUUGAUACAGAUCAGAGAGAUCUUAGAAUACAGAGUGUUGAUGACACUGAUAAGUAUGACAUGAGCCGCAACCAGAAUUCAGCUGCUGUUAAACAUGAACAAAUAAAUCUAACACAGAAUUUUCAGAGUAGUGAAUAUAAAGAAAGCUUAAUGGAUCUCUCCCACCUUAGUAAAUGUGAGAGUAUUCCCACUGAGAAAUCCUAUAAAUGUGAUGCAUGUGAGAAAAUCUUCCAUCAGAGCUCAGCACUUUCUAGACAUCAGAGAAUUCAUACCAGAGAAAAACCCUAUAAAUGUAAAGAAUGUGAAAAAUCUUUCAGUCAGAGCUCAAGUCUUAGUCGACAUAAAAGAAUACAUACUAGAGAGAAACCCUAUAAAUGUGAAGCGCCUGAUAAGUCCUGUGAAUCAUCUGAUAAGUCAUCGAGUCAGAGCUCAGGCGUAAUUCAGCAUAAGAGGAUUCACACUAGAGCAAAAUCUUAUAAAUGUAGCAAUUGUGAAAGAGUCUUCAGUCGUAGUGUACACCUUGCUCAACAUCAGAGAAUUCACAGAGACAUGCUCUGUAAGUGUACUGUAUGUGACAGUGACUUCUAUCAUACCUCAUACCUAGUGGAACAUCAGAAGGUUCACUGUGAAGAGAAAGCCUAUGAAUACAAUGAAUGUGGGGUGACGUUUAGUAAACAUCAAGGAGUUCAUCUCAGAGAAAAGCCCUAUACAUGUAAUGAAUGUGGAAAAGACUUCAGAUCGAAUUCCCAUCUUAUUCAGCAUCAAAGAAUUCACACAGGAGAGAAACCACAUGAAUGUGAUGAAUGUGGAAAAGCUUUCAGUCAAACCUCAUGCCUUAUUCAGCAUCACAAAAUUCAUAGGAAAGAGAAAUCCUCUGAGUGUAAUGAUUAUGAGGAAAGGUUUAAUCAUAGCUCAGAUCUUGUCCUGCAACGAGAAGUCCUCACCUUUGAUUGUGAUGUGUGGGAAAAGAACCUCAGUCAGAGAGCACACCUUGUUCAGCAUCAAAGAAUUCAUACCAAAGAGAAACCUUAUGAAUGUAAUGAACGUGGGAAGACAUUUAGUCAAGUUCAGGCCUCAUUCAACAUCUGAGAGUUCACACCAGGGAGAAAUCACGUAUGUACUGAAUAUGGUAAAAUCUUCAGUCAUAGUUCAACCUUUAUUCAGCAUUGGAGAGUCCACACUAGAGAGAAACCCUCAAUGUGACGAAUGUAGGAAAGCUAUUAGUUAAACUCUUAAUUGAUGCCUGCAAACCCAUACCAAUGAGAAGACCUACAAAUAUGUUGAAUGUGGUAAAUGCUUCAUGUUGUGUUCGUACCUUAGUCACCAUUGGAGAAGUCAUACAGAAAUAAAAUUACAUCACUUUAAUGAAUGUGAAAAAGCCUUCAAAGAAACUACCUUGUUCAGCAUCAGAUUCAUUCUGUGUAGAAAGCCUAUGAAUGUAAUCAAUGCGUGUGUAUGGGGGGAGAUUCAGUCAUAUUUCAAUCCUUAUUCAACAUCAAAGAAGCCAUACCCUAGAGAAGUCAUUUGAAUGUAAGAGUUUAAGUCUUUUUCAUCAUCAGAAUAUCUACUACACCAGAGCAGAAUCUGAUAUGCAAAUGGAAAAAUUUACUUUCAUAUUUCAGGCUUUCUUCAACAUCAAAAUAUUGGAGAGAAAAUUGUUGAUUAUUUGUAUGUGAAAUUGUUAAUAUAUAGUCGCAGUCUUUUUCAUUGCAGAAGAAUCUUGUCAGAGGAGUGACUUGGUGAAUAUAGUGCUGUUUUCUCAUGGCAUUCUUUUAUUUAAUGUAAUAGGUGUUGUAAGUAACUAUGUAUACUUUAUUUAUGGAAUUCAUUUAAGCUAUUUAUAUUUUAAUGUGGCCUAUAAGCAUUUUUAUUUUUGUUGAAGUUGGUACUUGUUCUUCACAGCUUUCCUAUGAUAUUGUUAUUACACUAAUGUUAAAACUUAUCAGCGUCUGGAAAGUAGCUCAUUUAGCUUGUUCUGCUUUUCUCAGCCCAGAUUCUCUCCAAAACAGACUGUUAGGCCUGCUCUUUUCUGAGGACUCUACUUAUUCGUUUCCAGCCACAACACUUAGAGUCCUGUUGAUUUCUCCAUUUUCUUAAGCAUCUUGCAAUGAUGGUUUCCUACUUUUAACUUUUCACCAACAGGUAUGCCUUCCCUACUUCAUGUUGCUAUUUGGGCGUCUUCUUUCUUAAAAUGAAGCAUCUUCCUUUAAAAGAAUUGGAUUUUUGCAUCCUGUCCAUCUAUGAAUAUGAAGAAUUCUGUCUCCCCUGAGUUUAUGGCAGGCAGCUAAACAUUUUCAAGUGAUGCCCAAGUUCUAAACUGCCUUGUCCACAUCCACAGCCCUCUACAAGAAAUGAUAAGGACACCAAGAGAGCCAACAAGACUCUCGUAGUCUAGUUAAUGUUCAUUCAGCGCCUGUUCUGUAUGUCUUAAGUUUAGAAUUUAUAUACUUCCAUUGAAAGCCAGCAGAAUGCUCAGGUCAUCUUUUGAUAGGGCAAAACAUAAUGAACAUAUACUAAAAAAUCCGAGAGCUUCAUAAAGCAGAGAGCUCAGCCUUCCAACAAAGAUAUUGGGGUUCUUACGUAAUAUCUCUAGCGAGAAUAUUUCAAGAGAGUGAUAGGUCUGUUCCUGGUAAAAUUUUAACUGUUAACGAUUGCUUCUUUAUCUGUUUGGAUUUCCGCCCUCAGUCUCCCUUCAUCAAUUCAGGACAGUAUUUGAAGUGUAGAGGCUUUUUGUAAUUUAUUAUCACAAUUUAUUUUUAUUUUUUAUUUUUUUUUUGUAUUUUACUAGAGUCUACAAGCCAUUAUGGUUUUUUUUUGAUUCAUAAAGAUGAUCACAGAUGUUAGCUCCAGAGUUCAGGGUCACCAUCAUAACACCUAGCAACAGUUUAUGAUUCUUUAGAUGAUGUCAAAGCAUUUUAUUAUAUUUUUCCAUCUUAAGCUUCAUAACAUUUUGUGAAUAAGACAAGUGUUAUUUAAAAUUCCAGUCAUUCCAGCAAUUGAGGCCUUCAUAGUUCAGAUGUUAUAAUAUUCACUAAGGAUCCUCAGCAAGUAUAUAAAAUGUAUUGCUCUCUUUAUAAGCAUCUUAUGGCUAACCUCUAAGGUAGUCUUACCCCACUAUAUUUUACCUCUCAGCCAUCAGCAAGCAUAGGAUUACAGUAGGGAUCUAAAUGAAUUGAUCUAAAUGUAAAAGCAAAUGAAAAUGCAUGUUUUUUCUGUUAGUGAACAUGUAUACCCUCACGUAUAGAGACUAAUAGUCACCUCCAGUGAUUAUGAAACAAAUAAUCCCUAAAUAGCAGAACAUGUAAAAAUCACAUGUAUGCAUUUGUUUUAGGAAUGUGCUCUUGUACCUCCAUUUGAAUAAAGGUAUGUUUGAUACUCAGAAUCUGUUUCAAAUAAAAUCUGAAGGCCUUUACCAGAAA